CGUUCGUUCGAAUUCUCAUAUCGAAUUCGGGUCAACAAAAUCGUCUCAGCUGAACUCGAAAAUGGCCAAUAUUUUACUGCUAAAGAUCGUUGUCGUUUCUCUACUUGUCUUUGCCUUGGAAACUUCAAGGGUUGCGGGAGUUUUAAAGUAUGGUGAAUGCAAUGGGCUUAGUCUCGUAAAUACGGCUUCUGGCAUUUCCCCAAGUCAAUGUGUUCUAUUAGGAGGAACAUGCUGUGAUUUAGGCGGUUAUAUGGUUAACAACCCGAAAGAAAUGGAGGCAACUGACACGUGUCUAACCUGCUACAAAUCGAGUGUCAAGGUGGAAUGCACUGGAAAGUUAAUUCGAUCCAGGCCUUAUGGCACCGGCAACCGGGUUACGGCUAAAGACUGCAUUGCCCAGAAAGGCCGGUGCUGCUCAGGGGUAAAUAAACCUUUCAACCCGAACAGUACUCCAGAUGAAUACUGCUAUAGUUGCUAUUCCGGUACACCAAAAACAACUAAAUGCAGUGGUAAACUUCUGUCAUCUAUUUUUUUCACACCAAAUUUCUGUGUUCAAUUUGGAGGACGUUGCUGUGAUGGAGACUGGACAGGCACCAAAAAAGGCUCAGCUUUUUGCACUUCAGCAAUUUUUAAUUCUGCUCUUCAGAAAAAUUGCAAUCUUUGUUACAGUGGAUCUCCAAAGGUUGUGGCCUAGUCAGGACAAACGAAUUUAAAAUUAAAUAAAUGUUUGAUUUGACUCGAGUUCUGUAAGACCUUAUAUACAGCAAAUACAAUAAUGAAGCAAUUAA